CUAUGAUAAAUCAAAUAUCUUCCUUGGUGGUAAUGCAUAUUAUGAGCUUGACACUAUACUAGAACUGGUGGAUUUCAAAAUUGGUGCAUUCCCGGUCAAAUACCUAGGGGUCCCCCUGGCACCCUUAAGGUUAUCUGUGGCCCAGUAUGCACCACUUUUGGAGUCCAUAACUACUUUCAUUAAUGCUUGGAGUACUAAGUCUUUAUCUUAUGCAGGCAGAGUUGAGCUGAUAAAGUCCGUUAUACAGGGAGUGCACUCUUUUUGGUUACACAUGUUUCCCAUCCCUAAUGUUAUUCUUGAUAGGAUUACAUCCAUUUGUCGCAUUUUUCUUUGGGGAAGCAAAUUCGCUAGGGUUGCCUGGGCUG